AUGAAGAAGUCCGCCACGCUCGGUCGCGUCACGCUCGGGGAGCGGUCCGAGGAGCGCAACACCUACGGCAUGUUCGAGGAGCAGCACAUCGACGGCAUGAUCGGCAUUUUCAUCACCAUGGGCCUCACGAAGAAAGUCCGGAUGCGAAAGCACUGGAGCCGGUCCGCCCACGACAACUACCCGCUGGUCCAGAAGUGCAUGCCGCGCGACGUGUUCGAGCUCUUGUACUGCCGCUUCCUUCACUGCUCCGACCCCAACGCUCCGGAGCGACUGCUACCCGAUGGCGAAGAAAACCCAGAUUACGACUCCAAGUGGCAUAUCAGGGAGCUAGAAGAGAUCCUCAACACUGCAUGGGCGGCGAACGUCGAGUGUGACAAUUGGUUGUCGUACGACGAGCAAAUGAUCAAGACUGUUUCGAAGUACUCGAGCAAGGUUUCUUUCUACUGCCCGGCGAAGCCCAUCAAGCACGGCAUGAAGCUACUAGCGGCGUGCGAUAUCACGAGCUACAGCUUAACCAGCAGCGUGGAUGGCGGCAUGAAAGGUGACCCCAAGCUUCGCCCUUACAUGGACUGCCCGCUCGGCCGGACUACUCGCCACGUGCUUCACGUUCUGUUGGGGGAGUGCGGCGUGUUGAGGCAGAAGAUCGAUGGCUCGGGGUUAUUCAUCGCCAUGGACAACUACUUCACCUCGCCCACUCUGUUCGAGUGCCUCGCCUCCCACGACAUCUUCGCUUGGGCUGGCUCCAAGGAUAUCUUCCUCAUCAGCACCAUCCACGUCGCGCAACCGGCCAAGGGAAAGGAGGAGGCAGGUGGAAUCGACCACUUCAAGCCUUUGCCUCUAUCGUGA